UAAAUGCUAGUAAUGAUUGAAAAAAAAAUCUAAAAUUUAUCUUAAAAUCUUAAAAUAAAUAUUAAUAAAAUAACAGACGAUUCAGUUUUAAUGACUUUUCUUUCUGUUCUGUCUGCGUGCUGCAGUUUUAGUCGAAAAUGGCGUUCUUGACACUCUUUGUGUCAGCCGUGAAGAUCGCUGGAGUUUUGGCAACCGUCACGAUAGCUGCUAACGCAUUUUCCUUCCAGCGUUACAGGAGGAAGAAUCUCCGGAAGUUCAAUUCACCUAUUGACGAGUCCUCUGAAAUUCUUGCGUCUUUUAAUGUUGAUGAAGAAGAAAAUGAGUUUUUCUUUGGAUUGGCCACAGCGCCAGCCCAUGUUGAAGACAAGCUCAAUGAUGCUUGGCUCCAGUUUGCAGCAGAAACUUGCGAAAAUUCACCAUCACAGCAGGGCCUGAAACCAGCAGAUCCUCUGAUGGGUUCAGCUACUGGUGAUGGUGGGUCUCAUCAAGCUUUUAAGAAGACAAUGAAGAAGAAGAAGCAUCUUAAGAUAGCAAUGGAAGCUAUGAUUAGAGGAUUUGAAAAGUUUACAGAAGAAGAAGUGCCUGAGCCAAAUGAAGAACGUCAUCAUAAUGUAGCUGCAUGGCAUAGUGUUCCCAACCCGGAGGAGAGGCUAAAAUUUUGGUCUGACCCUGACACGGAGUUGAAGCUGGCAAAAGAUACUGGUGUCAGAGUCUUUCGAAUGGGAAUAGAUUGGUCACGGAUUAUGCCAGAGGAGCCUGUCAAUGGGCUUAACGAAGCUGUCAAUUUUGCAGCUCUGGAACGAUAUAAAUGGAUCAUCACUAGGGUACACUCUUAUGGAAUGAAGGUGAUGCUAACCCUGUUCCAUCACUCACUACCACCUUGGGCUGGUGAAUAUGGUGGCUGGAAACUCGAGAAAACUGUUGAUUACUUCAUGGGUUUUACUAGGCUUGUUGUUGACAGUGUAUCAGAGCUUGUAGACUACUGGGUGACAUUUAAUGAGCCUCAUGUGUUCUGUAUGCUAACUUAUUGUGCGGGUGCUUGGCCUGGCGGUGAUCCUGAUCUACUGGAAGUUGCCACUUCUGCAUUGCCUACCGGUGUUUUCAACCAGGCCAUGCAUUGGAUGGCCAUUGCACAUGCAAAGGCAUAUGAUUAUAUCCAUCAGCAGAGGACGUCUUCAAAUUCAAUUGUUGGAGUAGCACACCAUGUAUCAUUUAUGCGGCCAUAUGGUCUCUUUGAUGUUGCUGCUGUUUCCCUGGCUAAUUCUCUUACCCUUUUCCCAUAUGUGGAUAGCAUAUCUGACAAGUUGGAUUUUAUAGGCAUAAACUACUAUGGACAGGAAGUGGUCUCUGGAGUUGGACUGAAACUUGUAGAGACUGAUGAGUAUAGUGAAUCUGGACGCGGGGUAUAUCCGGAUGGCCUACUCCGUAUGCUGAUUCAGUUCCAUGAGAGGUAUAAACAUCUAAAGCUGCCAUUCAUCAUUACUGAGAAUGGAGUUUCUGAUGCAACAGAUCUGAUCCGUCGGCCAUAUCUGCUGGAACAUUUACUUGCUGUUUAUGCAGCAAUGACCAUGGGUGUCCCUGUGCUUGGUUACCUGUUUUGGACAAUUUCUGACAACUGGGAAUGGGCUGAUGGUUAUGGUCCCAAGUUUGGACUUGUGGCAGUUGAUCGUGAAAAUGGUCUAGCAAGGAUUCCACGCCCUUCAUACUAUUUGUUUUCCAAGGUGGUGACUACAGGUAAAAUUACACGUGAAGACCGGGCGCGUGCAUGGAAUGACCUUCAAAGAGCUGCCAAAGAGAAAAAGAGACGACCAUUUUAUCGAGAAGUUAAUAAAAAUGGUUUAAUGUAUGCAGGAGGUCUUGACAAACCCAUAUACCGACCUUUUAUAGAAAGAGAUUGGCGAUUUGGACAUUAUGAGAUUGAAGGUCUGCAGGACCCAUUAAGCCGCCUGUCAAGAUGCAUUCUUCAACCGUUUUCCAUUAAAAAGAAAAGACAUGGAAAGGAUGAAGAUGAACUUCUGCUCCAACCUCUUGAAUAUACUGCCUGACUGCAUAUUCUUGAUUCUGUAAAUUAUGCUUCCUUGUGGAAAUGUAUUGAAGCUAUCGGGUCUGAACAUUUAGAGCACUGGUUCUCGGCCUGGCCCAUUUUAGGCAUCAAGGCCCAUAGUCAAACCCAAACAAAAGAAGCCCAAAUAAAACUUGUGGCCAUGUGUGUAGAAGUAAGCCCAUUGAAAAACAGUCCACAAAAUAGCAAAACUGUUCGUUUCGUUCGGUUUCCGUAA